AUAGCCUUCCAACCUUUGUCUGCUGAUUGGUGAUUGCCCGAGAGGCCCAAGCCUCUGGUGCCAGGUGACCCGAAAUUUUGCAUGAAUCAAUCAAGCGCUCCGUCUUCCUCCUCCUUCACCUCUUCUUUUUAUCUCUUCCGAGGAGAGCUGCUGAUCCCUCCUGAAUCAUUGAAAAGGGCGGAAGGAUGAGGGGGGCUGUUCUUGCUGCUAUUGCUGCUGCUGUUGGUAAUCUACUCCAAGGAUGGGAUAACGCUACCAUUGCUGGGGCCGUCCUGUAUAUAAAGAGGGAAUUCAACUUAGAGACCCAACCAGCGGCAGAAGGCCUGAUCGUGGCGAUGUCCCUAAUAGGGGCCACCCUAGUCACCACCUGCUCUGGGGCCAUGUCUGACUGGUGUGGCCGCCGUCCGAUGCUAGUAAUCUCCUCUGCAUUCUAUUUCCUCGGCAGCCUUGUCAUGCUGUGGUCCCCGAAUGUAUAUGUCCUCCUCCUCGCGAGGUUUCUUGAUGGGCUUGGGGUGGGUCUCGCACUCACCCUCGUCCCCCUCUACAUUUCUGAAACCGCACCUCCUGAGAUAAGGGGGACGCUGAGCACUUUACCUCAGUUCAUGGGUUCAGGUGGGAUGUUUUUAUCUUAUUGUAUGGUAUUUGGGAUGUCUUUAUUGGAGUCACCGAGUUGGAGGCUCAUGCUUGGAGUUCUCUCUGUCCCGUCGCUUGUAUACUUCCUCUUGAUGGUUUUUUACUUGCCGGAGUCACCAAGGUGGCUCGUGAGUAAAGGGAAGAUGGCCGAAGCAAGGAAGGUCCUGCAGAUGCUGUGCGGGAGAGAAGAUGUUUCUGGUGAGAUGGCUUUGCUGGUGGAGGGACUUGGAGUGGGGGGUGAGACAUCCUUGGAGGAAUAUAUAAUUGGCCCUGCCAAGGAACAGAUGGACGAGCAAGAUCUAGCCUAUGAGAAAGAUCAAAUCAAGCUAUAUGGAGCUCAGGAGGGUCUUUCUUGGGUCGCAAGGCCCAUCAAAGAGGAGAACAAUCUCGGAUUUGUGUCUCGUCAUGGGAGCAUAGCAAGCCAAUCUAGGUCUUUCGUGGACCCACUCGUGACUCUCUUUGGGAGUGUACAUGAAAAGCAACCCGAGAUGGGGAGCAUGCAGGGCACACUUUUCCCACACUUUGGGAGCAUGUUUAGCAUGGGAGGAGGGCAUCAACAGACAAGGAAUGAGCAGUGGGAUGAGGAGAGUGUUGCCAGGGAUGGCGAAGAGUAUCAGUCCGAUGCUAAUGCUGGUGGUGGUGAUGAGUCCGAUGAUAAUUUGCAUAGCCCAUUGAUCUCACGUCAGACUACGAGUGUCGAGAAGGACAUGACCCCACAUGCUCAUGGAAGCACAUUCAGCAUGAGACAAGGCAGUCUUGUGCAGGGCACUGGUGAAACGGUUGGGAGCACUGGGAUUGGUGGGGGAUGGCAGCUUGCAUGGCAAUGGGCGGAGAAAGAGGGCCCUGAUGGGAAGAAGGAAGGAGGGUUUAAGAGGAUCUACCUGCACCAAGAGGGUGCCACAGGAUCUAUUCGGGGUUCCUUGGCUUCUCUUCCAGGUGGUGGUGGAGAGGAAGGAGAGUUCAUUCAGGCCGCUGCUUUGGUGAGCCAGCCGGCUCUUUUUUCCAAGGAGCUUAUGAAGCAGCACCCUGUGGGUCCUGCUAUGGUCCAUCCAGCGGAAACUGCUGUCAAAGGGCCGAGUUGGAGAGAUCUGUUCGAGCCUGGAGUCAAGCGUGCUUUAAUUGUCGGGAUCGGAAUUCAAAUGCUUCAGCAGUUCUCCGGCAUAAAUGGGGUCCUCUACUACACCCCCCAAAUUCUUGAGCAGGCAGGUGUUGCAGUUCUUCUCUCGAGCAUGGGCUUCAGUUCGACUUCUGCUUCCCUACUUAUCAGUACCAUCACGACCUUGUUGAUGCUUCCUUCUAUAGUUGUUGCCAUGAGGCUCAUGGACACCUCGGGUAGAAGGACGUUGCUUCUACACACUAUCCCAGUCCUCGUGAUCUCUCUUGUUGUCCUAGUCCUUGGAAGCAUCAUUCAUAUGGGCACUGUCCUCAAUGCAGUGAUAUCCACCGUCGGUGUCGUGUUCUAUUUCUGCUUCUUCGUGAUGGGAUAUGGGCCCAUCCCCGGCAUCCUCUGUUCAGAAAUCUUCCCCACGCGUACCCGUGGCCUCUGCAUCGCCAUAUGCGCCCUCGCCUUCUGGGUCGGAAACAUUAUCGUCACCUAUACCCUUCCUGUGAUGCUCAAGUCAGUCGGGCUUGCAGGCGUCUUUAGUAUGUAUGCCGUUGUCUGUGUGGUAUCAUGGGUGUUCGUGUUCCUUAAGGUCCCUGAAACCAAGGGCAUGCCCCUGGAAGUUAUUACAGAUUUCUUCUCUCUCGGCGCGAAACAGGCUGCAGCCUCUAAGAGCAAGUGACUUGGAGGCAGACACAGAUAGAAGCUCCCUUUUUCCCAGAUUUGGCUGAGUUUCUCUUCGUUCUCUUUGCUAUUGUUCUUUCGAUGGUUGGGAAAUAGGAGCGUGAUUAUUUGGUCAUAAUAUGCGAGUCCUCUCUCUUCGGUGGAGAGCGGUUCAUGUAUUCCGGUUGUGCCAGAAUUUCUUUUUUCAACCUUAUUGCCACCAUUGUUUCUUCCGAGCUUCCGAGUGUGCUCGUUUACUUCUUUAUGUACGAAAAUAUAUCAAAUUCAUCAGUUGUCCGAGA